CCGAAGGAUCGCACUGCAGUCGAGAGUCGCGGCCCCGACGCGCGCCCGCGACCACGCGCGCUCAUUCUCUCCCCGAGGAUCACCUUACGUAAUAACAAAUAAUCGGAUCGGAAUCGCUUAUCCGAUAAUCGAUUGUGAACAGUGAACUUUCGAUAAUUGUGAAUUUUAAUUAAUUAUUUUUUUUAUCAAAAAACGCUGUGAACUUGAGUUUCUGUGCACUUUGUGUCAUGUUUUUGUUUUGUUUUCGCUCAGACUUGAGAUUAUUUUUGGGCGUAGCUGACUGUGUUUUCCUUUUAUAAUUUUGUAACACUUUCUUUGCAAGACAUUGUGAGUGCAUAUCGAACGACAAUUUCUGGACUUUAUGAGUUCUUUUGAAAUAUUUUGACUUGGCAGUGUCAUGUGGACAUAAUUACAGAAUUAUUGUGAUUGUUCAACUCUCAUCUGAAAACAAACGUCGAACAGGGGCGCAACAAUAAGAAACGUCGAAUAGACAAAGGAAAGUUACGGCACGCGAUCGAGAAAAUUUGAAAGGAACAAUCGAUUUGCCAUUUCGACACUGGCAGCCGAGAAACCCGGUUUAUGGGUGGCAAAUAAAGAAAUAAAAUAGAAGAGAAAAUUAGAAUGUGGCGUUCAAGUUUUGAAUUUGGCGCGUGCCGGACGUUGGGGUGAUAGGUCAGUAUGGUCCGGGGCUGCUAGACGGCGGACGUCCGGAUGCACCCGACGGGCGCGGCUAGUCUGCCCGCCGCACCUGAGGCGGAGGUGCAAGCUAUGCACUCAAUGGACUGGCUCUUCAAGAAAGAGAGGAUAUAUCUACUCGCACAGUUCUGGCAACAGAGAGCCACCCUGGCCGAGAAGGAGGUAACGACGCUCAAGGAGCAGCUAGCGACGAGCAGCCCCGCCCCCCUCCCCGCCGCCGUGCCCACAACCAAUGGCUCCCACCUAGAACCCACCCGGGACCAGGCCACGGAGACCAGGAUCGACAGGUUCAGCCCCGACAUCAAAAAGGAGAAGUCUCCUGAGAUUGAUGAGGAGGUAGACAAGAUGGAGGCGAGCGCUCGCAGCGGCUCAGAGUCUGCGCGAAGCAGCCCUGCGCCCGCGCAGCCGGCCUCGCUCGAGGGGGAGCUCGCCGCGAAAGAGAAAGAGAUCGCCCAGCUAGUCGAGGACGUGCGCAGACUCCAAGCGUCGCUUUCGGCGCUGCAAGAAGCGCACGCGCAGCAGUUGCAGCGGCUGGAGGCGCGGCUUGACGAGAAAAAGCAGCACAUAGCGCGGCUUGAAGCGAGGCUUGAUACGCAACGCGACUAUGAUGAUAUCAAGAGGGAAAUCAGUUGGCGGAGGCGAAAGCAGUACGCCAGGGUCGCCGCACUAGACGACCGCUGCUCUCUGCCUACCCCGCCAGGAACACACCGUGAAAAUAUUAUCAUGCUCCGGUCACUAGACCUGGGCAGUAGCGAACGGUCAGAACGCAAGCCGGAACCGCUGCGUUCGCCCGCCGCGCCGCGCGACGAGCGCCGCUCACCCGAGCGCGCGCGCAGCACUGAACGACGGGAAGGUCCGGAGGAGUGGCCGAGCACGCCGCCGCUCAACAACAACACGACGCACCACAACAACAACGGACCGACGCCGCUGCCGCUGCCGCCGCCGAGCCCCUUCCGCUUCGAAGAGCACCGGCCAUACCGCUUCGCCGAGGACAUGGGCCCGCUGCCGCCCGGCGCGCUCGUCGGCCGCCUCGGAGACUCCCUCAUUCCUAAAGGCGACCCAAUGGAGGCGCGCCUGCAAGAGAUGCUCAGAUACAACAUGGACAAAUACGCAAACACGAACCUCGACACACUGCACAUCAGCCGGCGGGUGCGCGAGCUGCUGUCGGUGCACAACAUCGGGCAGAGACUGUUCGCGAAGUACGUGCUGGGGCUGUCGCAGGGGACCGUGUCGGAGCUGCUCUCCAAGCCGAAGCCCUGGGACAAGCUCACGGAGAAAGGACGCGACUCGUACAGGAAAAUGCACGCGUGGGCGUGCGACGAGGCAGCCGUCAUGCUACUCAAGUCACUCAUUCCUAAAAAAGUUGGGACAAAAGACGGGACUCUAGGUCCUGGUUUCGGCCGACCAGAUGGAGAGGGCGAUGAGAGAUUGGCCCACAUCCUGAACGAAGCUUCUCACCUGAUGAAGACUCCCACGGGACAAGUGAACAACGAUGAUUCAAGAAGCAACGAAGACUCUAGCUCGCCACGGACGCAAUGCCCGUCUCCUUUCUCUAAUAAGGACUCAAGUCAGAACCGGCGGCUUAAGAAAUUCGAAAACGAUGACAUUCCUCAGGAGAAGGUGGUGCGCAUAUACCAGGAAGAGCUCGCCAAGAUCAUGACCAGGCGGGUCGAGGACAUGCGCCAAGGUCGCGAGGGAUUCCCAGGCAUGUUUCCUCCACUUUUCAGCGGCGGCAUGCCCCCACACAUGGAGCGACCACCGGAAGACAUCCGCAUGGCCCUGGAGGCGUACCACCGAGAACUGGCCAAGAUCCAGCCUGGCGGCAACAUUCCCAACAUCCACAACCUGCCAGGCAUGCCUCCUUUCCCCAACCUACUCGCCCUCCAGCAGCAGGCCAUGCAACAAGCUCAGAACCAGCACAUAAACGGCUCCGGAGCGGUCCAAGACCUCUCCCUCCCGAAAGAGAAAAACGCCAAAAUUAACGGAAUGACUGAUAGUGAUAAGGAUAGACCAAUGGAUGCGGAAGAGGCUAUACGACACGCUGGGAGCGCUUUCUCAUUAGUGCGACCGAAAUUGGAACCGGGGCAGCAGUCGACCGGAUCGUCGGCGUCCAGUCCGUUAGGGAAUGCAAUCUUGCCGCCGGCGAUAACGCCGAACGAGGAUUUUAGCAGUUCAGCGGCGGCGAGCCCGCUGCAGCGGAUGGCGUCCAUUACAAACAGCCUGAUCUCACAACCGAACAACCCGCCGCACCACACGCCGCAGCAGCGCUCCAUGAAGGCCGUGCUUCCACCAAUAACUCAACAACAGUUCGACUUGUUCAACAAUUUGAACACUGAAGAUAUUGUCAGGAGGGUCAAAGAGGCUCUGAGCCAGUAUUCGAUUAGCCAAAGAUUGUUUGGGGAAUCCGUGCUAGGGUUGUCGCAAGGGUCGGUUAGCGAUCUGUUGGCGCGGCCGAAACCCUGGCACAUGCUGACGCAGAAGGGCCGGGAGCCCUUCAUCCGGAUGAAGAUGUUCUUAGAAGAUGACAACGCGGUACACAAGCUCGUCGCGUCGCAGUACAAAAUCGCGCCUGAGAAGCUGAUGAGGACUGGCAACUAUAGCGGAGCACCUCCCUGUCCGCCGAACAUGCACAAGCCGAUGCCACCGACGCAGAAGAUGCUUUCGGAGGCGACGUCACUGCUGUCCAAGAUGCAGCACGAGCAGCUGCUGGGCGCCGGGCACCUGGCGCUGGGCGCGCCGCCGCCGCCGCUGCUGCUCACCCCGCCCGGCUUCCCGCCGCACCACGCCGUGCCGCUGCCGCACCAGCACCACGACAACAACAACAAGGAGCGCAAGCCGCCGCCGCAUGCGCAGCCCAUGCGCAGCCUGCACCAGCACAUCUCGCCCAGCGUCUACGAGAUGGCCGCGCUCACGCAGGAUCUAGAUACUCAAACGAUCACGACUAAGAUCAAGGAGGCCCUGCUCGCAAACAAUAUCGGCCAAAAGAUCUUCGGCGAGGCCGUGCUCGGGCUCUCGCAGGGCUCCGUCAGCGAGCUGCUCUCAAAGCCGAAACCGUGGCACAUGCUCAGCAUCAAGGGCCGCGAGCCCUUCAUCCGCAUGCAGCUGUGGCUCAGCGACGCGCACAACAUCGACCGGCUGCAGGCGCUCAAGAAUGAGCGGCGCGAGGCCAACAAGCGGCGGCGCUCCAGCGGGCCCGGCCAGGACAACUCCUCCGACACCAGCUCCAACGACACCUCCGAGUUCUACCACUCCAGCUCGCCCGGGCCCGCGUCUGGCGCGCCCUCCGCCAAGAAACAGCGCGUGCUCUUCUCCGAGGAGCAGAAGGAGGCGCUGCGGCUCGCGUUCGCGCUCGACCCCUACCCCAACAUGCCCACGAUAGAGUUCCUGGCGGCCGAGCUCGGGCUGUCGACGCGGACCAUCACCAACUGGUUCCACAACCACCGCAUGCGGCUCAAGCAGCAGGCGCCGCACGGGCUGCCGGCGGAGCCCCCGGCCCGCGAGCCCUCGGCCGCGCCCUUCGACCCCGUGCAGUUCCGGCUGCUGCUCAACCAGCGGCUGCUGGAGCUGCAGAAGGAGCGCAUGGGGCUCGCCGGCGUGCCGCUGCCCUACCCGCCCUACUUCGCCGCCAACUCCAACCUGGCCGCGCUCAUCGGCCGCGGGCUCGGCCCGCCCGAGGAGCUCAAGGACCAGACGUCGGGGCUCGACCUGUCGAUGCCGCUGAAGCGCGAGCCGGACGCGGACGACUUCGAGGACGACGACGUCGAGAGCAACCUCGGCUCCGAGGACUCGCUGGACGACGACGGCAAGGCCGAGCCCAAGGCGGCGUCCACGCCGGCCCACAGCCGCUCGUCGCGCCGCAAGCCCGCGGCCCCGCAGUGGGUCAACCCGUCGUGGCAGGAGGACAAGCCGCGCAACCCCGACGAGGUGAUCAUCAACGGCGUGUGCGUCAUGCGCAGCGACGACUUCCGCCGCUCGGCCGAGCGCACGGUGCGCGUGGAGCCGUCGCCCGCGCCCCCCGCGCGCCCCGCGCCCUCCCCCUCGCCCGCGUCGCCCGCGUCCCCCUCCGCCUCCCCCGCGCCCGCGUCGCCCGCGCGCUCGCCCGAGCUGCUCUCCGACAAGAUCAAGACGGAGGCGGACGACGACCGGUGGGAGUACUAGACGUUAUUUGUUGUUAGAGAGUGCGCGCCUCCAUGCGAUGGGCGGACGGCAGCUAGACGUGUUUCGUUAUGAUUGUAAUGUAAGGCCAAAGACUCUGUACAUAGUGUAGUGUCGCCGCGGUGCGCCGGCGCGGCCGCCACCGGCCGAGGGAACUUCCGAUACAAAAAGAUGCAUUUUGCUUUAAUUUUUUAUGUAUAAUUUAGACUCGAAGUACCCUGGUUCGGUACGAAUAUCUGAUUAUUUUAAGUUGUGGCUUCGAUUCGAUUCUUGUAAAUAAAUAUACCAAAUAUGUAUCGAAUGCGGCUCGGGCCAGGUCCCUGUACAUACGUAGGCUAGCUCCUGUAAGAUAUCGUUGCGGUAGGGAGGUCAGUUUAAUUGUUAAACGAAACUUUAAAGUGCAAUCUGAUGUAAAUUUAAGCUAUGAUCUAUAUAGUGAGCCCCAGUUAAAAAGUAUUAUUAUGUUUAUAUGAACCGGCGAGGUUUAAAAUAUUAUAAUUGGGUUAUAAGUUUUACAAUUAAAUUAUGAAUGUUUAUUUUAUACUAUAGUAUGUUUUGUAUGCAUUAUUUUAUACUAGCGUGGGCGGUGGACGCUCUGUGAUCCCGGCCGCUAGUGUUGUACUAGCGCCGCAGUAGCUGCUACUUCACAAUACUAUCCUCUUCUGUUCCGUGUUUGUAUAUUUUUAGAAAACGUACAAAUUUUACACACCAACCUACGAUUAAGCAAAUAAUGUAUUGCUUGUGGUUAUAGUUUUUAUUUUAUUUUAGCAAUAAAUUUGCUUUUAAUAUAAUUUA